AACCGACCACAGUUUCAACGUGAGCGCCGAUCGGCGAACGUCUCCUGUGCGGAAGUUGAACGCUCUCAUUUUUUUAUCUCUCUCUCUCACUCUCUCUCUCUAUUUUUCUCUCUAUUUCUCUCUCUCUAUUUAUUACUCUCCUUCUCUAUUAUAUACAUAUAUAAUCCCGCCAUCACUCUGAAAAAACAGAAACGUGUUUACCGUUUUAUUUUUUUUCUGUUUUUUCGGGCAAAGGAAGAUAAAAAAAUUGUUAUUUUGUUCGAAAGGAAAAAGUUUUGAAUAGUUGCAAUAAAAAAAGGAGGAAAAGUUUGCAAAAAGAAGUUUUCUUUUUUUGUGUUUUUUUUGUUGUUUUUUUUUUUUUUUUGAAAAAAGUGCGGGUUCGUUCAUCUCAAGUUGACGUGAUACAACCGGUGACUUCUCUUGUCCGGAUUCCGACAGUCGAGAAGUUGUUAAUAGCUCUUUCUCUCUCCCUUUGACUCUUUUAUAUUUUGAAGUCGGGAGAGAUCGAAACCUCGUCCUUGCGGAUCUUUGGAACAAAAGACGAGAAAAAGGGACUUCUCUUUCUUCGGAGCCACACUUUUUUUAAGAUUCAAGAACGGAAAUUGGAUCGACCUUCAAUCACAUAAUAAUAAAUGAGGAUGAUGCCUCGAGAAGACCGAAUUUCGAUAAUGCGAGGUUAGGAGUGUGACUUUUUCUCUUUCGGAGUGAUUUCCUUGCUAACGGCGCUCCAAAGAGAAUCGAAAAAGGGUUAAGAAGAAAAAAGCGAAAGAAGAGAGGAGGGAGUUGGAGUAGGAGAGAAGAGAAAAGGAAGCCGAUUGUUUCAAGUCGGAAGAUGCGUCAGGCGAUAAUUACAACUCUCGUCCUCCUGCUUCUUGUCGGCCGGAAAGGCGUCUCGGCUAACUGGUGGUUUUUGGGUAUUGAACCAAGAACAAGUACAUUGCACGAAAAUGGAGGAGAGGGACAGAUUGGAGCAGGAGUAAUUGGUCCAGCCAGUGCGGAAAAAAAUUGCAGAAACUUACAUCUUACUCCAAAACAGCAGGCGAUAUGUUUACGAUCGCCACCUUCCCUGCAGGCAAUCAGUGCAGGUGCGAGAUUAGCGAUAGAAGAAUGCCAACAUCAGUUUAGAUCAGCAAGGUGGAACUGUACCAUUAAUCCUGAAAAUCCCGAAAACAUUUUUGGCGGUGUCAUGCUAAUCAAUAGUCGAGAGGCUGCAUUUAUUUAUGCGAUAUCAGCAGCGGGAAUCGCUUAUAGUGUGACGAGAGCUUGUUCACGAGGAGCUCUUACAGAUUGUUCUUGUGAUAACCGGGUGAGAGCGAGACAUCCCAAUCAUUGGCAGUGGGGUGGCUGCAGCGAAGAUAUUCACUUUGGAGAAAAAUUCUCUCGCGAGUGGUCAGAUGGAGGGGAAGAACCAGUAAAAGACGGUGUAGUUCAAGGCCCAGCUGGAUUAGCAGGAUUACUCAUGAGAAGACAUAAUAGUGAAGCUGGAAGGCGAGCGAUUCGCUCAAGGAUGCAACGUGUCUGCAAGUGUCACGGCAUGUCCGGUUCUUGUAGUGUUCGUGUUUGCUGGCGGAAAUUACCGGCUUUUAGGACGGCAGGAAUGGCAUUGGCAGCACUGCACGAGGGCGCAGCUCUGGUGCGUCUUGCUCAAAGGGGUGGCAAAAAACCAGCGAGAUUAAGGCCGGCAAGACCAGAUUUAAAGCGGCCAAACAAAACUGAUUUGGUCUACUUAGAAGAUAGUCCCGAUUAUUGCGAACGAAAUACCACUUUGGGAAUUCCGGGCACGAGGGGAAGAAUAUGCAAUCGAACAUCACUUGGAUUAGAUGGAUGUCGUUUGCUCUGCUGUGGUCGAGGAUAUCAAACCCGAGUGCGAGAUGUAACUGAAAAAUGCAAUUGCAAAUUCGUCUGGUGCUGUGACGUAAAGUGCGAGCUUUGUCGAGAAAAUCGGGAGGAACACGUUUGCAAUUAAAACAAACACAAAAGGGGAAAAAAAUCAGAAGUUAAAGAAGGCAAUGAUUACUUAGAAAAAGAUUU